AGUACAGCGCGCACUUCCCUCUCCACACUUUCGAAUGUUGAUCGCAUGGAAGUUUGACGACUGCUUAUCAGAGGACCAUCAUUUCAUACCUUGAGUAUGGGAAACCUAAAGUUGGCGGGAUUUCCAGUUUUGGGUGGCAUUCUGAUUUGGACAUCACUCUGCAUCCGAGGUACAUGGCAAGGACAGUAUCAGAGAAAGCUGUAUAAUGAUCUGUUAUCCAACUAUAAUCGUUUAGAGAGACCCGUCCAGAAUGACUCUGCCCCCAUAGUGGUGGAGCUGGGUCUGACUCUGCUGCAGAUCAUUGAUGUGGAUGAAAAGAAUCAGGUUCUGAUCACAAACGCCUGGUUGCAGUUGUACUGGACUGAUAUCUACCUGAGUUGGAAUGUUGAUGAGUAUCCAGGAGUACAGAACCUGCGCUUCCCGUCCAAUCAGAUUUGGGUUCCAGAUAUCCUACUCUAUAACAGUGCUGAUGAGAGAUUUGACGCCACCUUCCACACCAAUGUCCUGGUCAACCACUCAGGAGCAUGCCAGUACAUCCCCCCAGGGAUUUUGAAGAGCACAUGUUACAUUGAUGUGCGCUGGUUCCCGUUUGAUAUUCAGAAGUGUGAUCUGAAGUUCGGCUCCUGGACACACAAUGGCUGGCUGCUGGACCUACAGAUGGGUGCUGUGGACACCUCCACAUAUAUUUCUAAUGGGGAAUGGGAUCUAGUGGAUGUCCCUGCGAAGCGCAAUGAACUGUACUAUGAGUGCUGUAAGGAACCAUAUCCUGAUGUAACAUUCACAGUCACCAUGCGCAGACGGACUCUCUACUAUGCUCUCAACCUGCUAAUCCCCUGCGUGCUUAUUUCAGGACUUGCCCUGCUGGUGUUCCUGUUGCCAGCUGAUUCUGGAGAGAAGAUCUCCUUAGGCAUCACUGUGCUGCUGUCUCUCACUGUGUUCAUGCUGCUGGUGGCAGAGAUCAUGCCUGCCACGUCAGACUCAGUUCCCCUCAUAGCGCAGUACUUUUCAAGCACCAUGAUGAUUGUGGGGCUGUCCGUGGUUGUCACAGUGUUGGUGCUUCAGUUCCACCACCACGACCCUCAGGCAGGAAAGAUGCCAAAAUGGGUGCGGGUGGUACUGUUGAACUGGUGCGCGUGGUUUCUGCGCAUGAAGAAGCCUGGUGCGUCGCGUGUGCGGGGCGCUGGAGGAGGAGGGGGCUGUAAGUACACCCCAGCGUCACCUCCCCUGCACAGCGCCAGCAGCAUCCAGAUGGGCGCCAUACCAGGCCAGCCGGCAGGCACCAACGGCCACAUGAACCUGUACUUUGGCUACCACUCCAUGGACGAAGGCUGUUGCCCAGCUAGCAGUGACUCAGGGGUGGUGUGCGGGCGGGCCGCGGUGUCCCCUCAUGAGGAGCAGGACGCCCCGCGCACACUGAGCGAAAGGUCUCCUGAGCUGCAGCGUAUCCUGGAGGAGGUGUCUUACAUUGCCCAGCGGUUCCGUGAGCAGGACGAGGGCGAGGCGGUGUGCAGCGAGUGGAAGUUUGCGGCGGCCGUGGUGGACCGCCUCUGCCUGGUGGCCUUCAGCCUCUUCUCCAUCAUCUGCACCUUCACCAUCCUCAUGUCUGCGCCCAAUUUCAUCGAGGCUGUCUCCAAGGACUUCACUUAACUACAACACCUCCUUUUUUGGUUCUCUCUCUCUUUCUUUCUUUCUCUCUCUGUCUCUCUUCUUUGUCUCUAUCUGAUCAAAUGCACACAUUAAGUGUUUGGAGUGGAAAGAAACAUUAUGUCUCUCAAUUAGUAUGAAUGGAGAUCUUCAGAUAAGGUGUGUGUGUGUGUGUGUGUGUGUGUGUGUGUGUGUGUGUGUGUGUG